AUGUUGUCUAUUCAAAAAAAAUAUUCAAGACUUUUUAGACCUUGGGAUGUGAGUGAUAGUAAAAAUACCGAGGAAAUAGAGAUAAGUGAAUCAAAUGAAAUAAAAGACAUGGAACUAAAGAAAAGAAAAGAAGAAAAACGUGAAAGCCGCUUAAGGAAAAUCCGUGGAACUUUCAAGAAGAAUGAAAAUAAUAAUCACCAAGAUGCAACUGUGUCUACAACGACUAUGGAUAAUGAAGAUGAUAAAAAACGGAAUUUAAGUGCUCUUGAAGAUGUUCCUGAUUCACCCGUCGCAAGUCUAAGCUUGUGUUGUGAUAGACUUUUAAAAGAACCGGAAAAAAUAAAAAACGAAGAACAAGAAGAUACCAUUAAGAAAUCCGCUGAAAAUUUACAUACACACAAUUUUCUACAUCAAAAUAUCGUGCCGCCAAGUUCUUACAAUCAAAGUUAUAUACCUGAAUACUUACCUACAGACAUCGCACAUACGUUAGGUAUACCACCAACAGAUCCUCUUCUUCUGGAAUCAUUAGCUCAAGGGUAUGCAAUGGAACUAGAAUACGCAAGAAUAUUACAACAAGAAAACGAAGCAAAACUCCUUAACGCGAGAAAGCAAAGACCGAAGAAAUACAAAUGUCCGCACUGCCAAGUUGGUUUCUCCAACAACGGACAAUUGAAAGGGCAUAUACGGAUUCAUACGGGUGAAAGGCCUUAUAAAUGCGAUGAAAAGAAUUGUGGGAAGACCUUUACGAGGAAUGAGGAGUUGACGAGGCAUAAACGGAUACAUUCUGGCGUUCGUCCAUACCCCUGUCCUACUUGUGGGAAGAAAUUCGGCAGAAGAGAUCAUUUAAAGAAGCACACGAGAACUCAUUAUCUUCACGCUGAAAGGAUGAUGCCUGUCUUCGUGCCGCUAUCUGCAGUUCCACAUGUUGGCUUUCCUUAUUUAUAUGGGUAUUAG